GCCGGCCGGGCGGGGUGGCUGUCGGCGUUCCCGUAGAGGGGGGGAAAGCGGAGUUUAGCGGGCAACAGCCAUGCCGCGCAGCGGGCUUCUUCUGGCGGCGCUCCUCGCCCUCUUGGCCCCCGUCAGAGGAGCUACAGUGAAGCCACCAUCAUCAGAUUUUGAUGAUUUUAACUUAGAAGAUGCUUUUGGACCUAGUUCCAAGCCAGAUCUACCUGCAAAGCCUAAAGACUCUGAUAACCCCAGGCCAGCUACACCUGUAAAGCCUAGAGAAUCUGACAGCUUUGAUGAUUCAGAUCUAUUUGAUGGUGAUUUACCAAGAGAAGGAGGUGGAGGUGGUGGCAGCAGUGGUGGCAAUGGAGAAGGGGACUCAAUUUCAAACAAGGGUGGAGAUGGUGAGGCUUCUCAGGGAGCAAUAGCUGGGAUUGUAAGUGCUGUGGCUGCUACUGCGAUUGGAGCAGUAUCUAGUUUCAUUGCUUACCAGAAGAAGAAACUCUGUUUCAAACAAAGCGCAGAUGAAGAGAAUGUGAAUAUGGACAGCCAUAGAGGAGCGCAAUCUGAGCCACCUGUUCAGCGCACACUUCUGGAGAACUAAGAGAAAUGAUGGUGACCGUUGAAACUGGAUAGAGAGCCUGCAUUUUGCCUGGGGGGAAAAAAAAAAGAGAAGAAAAAAAAAAAAGAAAGAAACAAAAAACUACAAUGUAAACAGUAGAGACUGAAAUUGUGUGAGAAAACAGUCCAUGGUGUUUGAAACAUUUUUGAGAGUGUGACUUAAACCUGAGUACUUCUAUAUGGUUAGUCCUAUGAAGCAGUGUUGCACACCAAUACAUGGCCUUAAUGACAGGAGAUGUUCUUACCUUUACUCCUAUGACAAAUGGGUGUGCCUCAAGUGCAUUCAGUAUGUUUAACUUUUUCUUACCUCUUACAAAAAAAUAAGAAGUUUAUGUUUUGUUAUGCCAUUGCUUUUAGGCAGUUCAGACUUUUUUUUUUUUUUUUAAAUAUCCUCUAUGGAGUGAAUGUACCAACCAAAUAAUUUGAGAUAUGAUGCAGGCACCUGGAAGUAAAGCAAAUGAAAUAGCUCACUGUGUUUGUGAUAAUGGAUCUUGAUGUGGGUGCUGCUGAUACAAUCUGUGUAGCUGCCUUGGUCAGCCACCAAAAGAUAAAAAAUUCAGAGAUGUUUUUGUAUAUUUUUCAUUAUAUCUGUCUGGUACAGAUUCUGAACAACCAAACUAGUGCACACAGACCCUUGAUCCUCUCAGGCUAUUCUUGCAUAGCAGCUACUAAGCUGGUCAGAUGUGGGAAAGCCUGAUUUACAAGCCAGAACCAUGACUGUAUUUUGUAAGACUGAUAAUCUGAAUUGUUAAUGAAGCGCUGGAGAGUGGGGAUUAAUGUCACCAGGCUCACAGAACCAAAAACGGGAGAGAAAGUAAUGUGUUACUUUGAAUUCAGAAGGAUCAUAAUACGCCCUUACAAGAUGAAAACUGUACUGCAGUUAACAAAUACAGACUAACAAGACUGACCAGAGCAACCCUGCCUCACUCCACAAGCAUCCACUAAACAUACAUGUGAAGAAUGCUUUUGGAUUUGUGAAGGAUUGCAAUUGCGAUGAAAGGCAGUGAUUGCAUUCUGAGCUGAAAGCACUUGUGGGAUUUGCUGUGGCUUUUGGAAGCUACCAGGAGUUUUCAAAGAUCCAUGGAAGCAUAGGAAGCUGUGCAUUUCAUAACAGUUAAAGGACUAAGUCUGGAAUAAUAAGCAGUUCAGGCUGGAAGGAAUAGCCCAACAGUUGGCUUUCAUUUUAAGUGGUUCUAGUUUUUGUGCAGUUUUACAAUAUUUGUCUUACUAAUGUGCCUCAGCCACCUGACAGAGUUCUACAGAAAGAUGGUAUUUCGUGGAAUAUUUUAGAAGUCGUUAUGAAUUUGGAUAUUAAACAUGUACAUCUAUGCAUUCAAAUAUGAAUGUAUGCCAGUGAUAAUUCAUUUAAGAAUUUAUUGUACUUAUUUCUUAGCCUGCAACAAAGCUUUACACAGAUUUUAGUAUUUUGUCAUGAUGGAAUUAAUUUGUAAACUUCUUUUUGCCCCACUUGUGCUUUUAACAGAAGAGUGCUAAAACUUCUAAGUGUUUUCAAGGGUGGAAGAGCAAUUUAUAUGUAAACAUCUGAUCUACAUAAAUAAAAGAAAUUAAAUGUACAGCUUAUCUGCAUGAAGAAACAUAUCAGUGCCAAGUGUAGAAGAAACAGAAGUAAAUUGAUGUCUAUUGAGAACAGAGCGAAGGGGAAGUUCAAACUUGCUUUUGGUAACUAGACUCUUGAAAUCUUUUUCAGCUUUUGCAAGCCAUAAAAAAUACUUGCUAAACCGUCUUGUCAUCAUUGUGAUUUUUCUUAAAAUAAAUAAUAAUUUUAAAAAAUUAA